GCUGAGAGGCAGCAUGUGCACUGAGACAUUUUGUAGUAGGAGUUUAGGAGCUGGAUUCCUGCAGCCUUGUGCUCAUUGUCUGCCAUGGAUUGUCAAUGGGCCCAAUAGUGGUUACGUAAAGACUCUGAUCUGUAGCUGAUAUGUAUGUAUGUUGAACUUCUUCCGCACCGUCCGUAGCCAACCGUGCGAAUCGAAAGUUAUAUUAUCAUACUUUUUUAAGUGAGGCGAAAAUAAAUAAAGUUCAACCCCAUUUCACGACGUCUCUGACCAACACGGGUUUUAAGUACAAAAAUGAAGACGAUUAUUUUUUUUGUAGUUUUGGCACUUGCAAGUUUCACUUACCAUUCCCAGCUUACAGACGGAAUAACACAUGUAUUCACAAAUCUCAAGGGAUCAUUCACCAGCCCCAACUAUCCAUAUGAUUACCCAUCUAUGUAUGAUGGCUACUGGGUCAUAGUAGGUCCACCCGACUCUAUCAUAACACUCACCGUCGUGGACCAGGCAAUCGGGUGGUUUGAUUUUAUGAUGAUUUACGAAAAUGAUAUUUCCAACAUAUACCAGUAUUUUGGAAAUGGAUUUACAAUCAAGACUGUUGGUAACUCACUGACUUUGCGACUAUUAACUAGUUCUUUCUUCAAUAAUCGAGGCUUCUAUGCAACCUAUACCAUUACAGUUUAUCCAGAUGAUUACAAGCGUCCUAUCGGACUGAAAAUGGGCAACCUGUCGGAUGCCCUGUUAACAGCCUCAUCAGAAUACAAUGCCAACUUUUCAUCCAAGUAUGCUCGUCUGGACAACAUGCUGGGGUUCUGGCGUCCAAAGUUCCAAACCUCAUUUGAAUACUUACAGAUUGUGUUCCCGAGUGUGGAAAAGGUCACAGGAUUGAUUUUCCAAGGGUCAGUGCCACAGGUGGAUGCACGGUAUAAUUUAAAUCCUAGCUGGGUGCGGGCCUAUACAUUGGACACAAUGGACCCAGUGACCUUGCUUUGGAGCGAAAUAAAUGUGCAGUUAUUUUCUUCAAACUCAGACUCUGAAACACCAAAGUAUCAAUAUUUUUACUAUCCAUUAGUCAGUAGUGGUUUAAGGAUCCGGCCCACUCAAUGGCAUGACAGCAUAGCUCUACGCAUGGAAGUACUUUUAAAGUGCAGCAAAGAUAAUCCCACUGAAGUAACAUAUAAGGUGAUGAAUUUGCAAGGAUUAAUAAAGUUCCAAAUAAGUAAUGCAUUAUUUUGUGGUACAUGUUACCUCUGGGAUUUUGGAGACAAUCAUGCAGCUAUUCAAGGCCCCAAUAAUUGUAAUAAAUGGCUACUUAGCUCUGAGACAGUUCCGUAUACCUCCGACCUCAUAGAUUUGUCUUAUAAUUAUUCAGCUUUUGGAAUGUACCACAUGGUAGUUCAGGAAAUCAAUAAUGUUACCAACACAUAUAAAAAAAAUAUUUAUGUCAACAGCUAUGGCUGUGUUCCAGAAAAUGUCACUUUAGUAGAUGAUGUAGAAAGCAUCAAUAAGACUGGGGUAUUACGCAUUUCUAAAGCAAUGGACUUGAUAGUUAAUUUUAUUUUGACAUGCAUAGUCCAAUAUGAUGAAGUCAAGUACAUCUGGUCCAUCACAAACCUUCAAACUGGAAACAUUAAAAUCAUGCCUGGGUAUGAUGCCAUUCAUCAGCGAUUUGACCCCUUAUAUUUUACUGGGGGUACUUUCUUAAUUGAGAUCGGAGUCAAUCUCUCCUCAAUAUAUGUGCCAAUCAUGAAGGACAACCUCACUGUCAUUGUUCAAUCAACACCUUUAGAAGUGUACAUCACAGGUGGAGACACCAGGACCAUUAGCAAUGGGGCCGAUGUGCAAGUCGACGCAUCUGAGCUGUCGUACGAUCCCGAUAACGUAAACCAGUCGAACACGGGCAUAGUGUUUCAGUGGAAAUGCACCAAAACAUCUCCAAAUAAUGUCACGUCAAACUGCAAGUUCAUUGAAAUGGAUAAUGGAAUAAUAUCAAUUCCACAGUCUGAGUUGGAAAUAAAUGCUGUUAUAUUGGCUGAAGUCACAGCAACUAAAGAUGCACGCAAAGAAAACAGAACACAAGCUCUACAAAUCAAGGGAGGAGGUUUUGUGGACGUAUACAUAAGUUGUGUUGGUAACUGUAAUACGAAAACUACCACGACAGAGCCGCUAGUACUUUCAGUCAGGUGUGCUAACUGUGUCGAUGGUGAAAUAAUUACCUACCACUGGAAAAUGGAGAAAUUUACAGACGUGGAUUUUGAAGCCAUGACUUCUACUGGUAUUUAUACUCAAGGCUUAGUAGUUACUGAAGACUCUCUGGAAAAAGGGAAACAAUAUGAAAUUAUCGUUCAGGUUGAAAUCCCAAAUAAAGAUCCUGCAAAAGCCACAUACAUGUUUGAAACUGGCUCAACUCCAACAAACGGCAGUUGUACAAGUGAUCCCACAUCAGGUUUCGCGGGAGUCACGUUAUUUAAGCUAUCAUGUGAAAACUGGCUGCAAGACGGUUCAGCUGAAGAGAAGUUCUCCCAUUCAUACACGGCAAGGUCCGGCAACACCGAGUUCAACCUAUUCAGCACGUACCUGCACCAGACACCGAAUCUCAUGUUGCCCGCGGGAGAUCUGGACGCCCAAGGGUUACUGGAUCUCCAAGCUAAUGUGUGCAAUUCUUUUGGAGCUUGUUCAUCAGCAUCAAUACUUGUGAACGUGAUGCGUCCUUCAGUGGAAAUUCUGAAAAACAAUACCCGUGCAAUGCUGGCAUUUGGAGGCAAAAUCAAUGAUCUGGUGCUCCAGGGCAGUGCCCUUCUGCCCGGGAUCCUAUUGACAGUGUUUGCAUCUUUAGAAAAUACAUCAGUGGAUCCAGAAAUAAAUGAGCUCCAGAAAGAGCUCAUCAAGAUAAUGCUGUCGAUCAGCGUACCCCUGCAGAAUAAAAACUCAAUGUCUCAACUGGCAUCAUCUUUGAAUUCCAUAGUUUCAUAUUCAGGCCCAAGUGACCAGAAUGCUUUAAUCAACACUGCAACAACAAUUUUGCAACAAAUGAAGGUGAUGAGAAAUGUGCAAAGGAAGUAUAUAACGAAGGUCAUUACAGACAUCUUUGAAAUAGGUGCAAAUGCAUUUCAGAUGCAAUUGAAUUUACAAAGUGAUGUAAACAACAACAACAACCAAAUAUCAUCUUUUGCAAAAAAUGACUCAUAUUUGAAAAAUACCUUCAAUAAUGCAUACAACACAUUGUUGCUGAUUGGAGAAGUGGAAAGUAAAAAUUCUGUAUCUGGAGAGAAGGCCGUCACGUUAAAUGGUAACAAUAUGUCUCUAGUGAUGCAGACAGUUUCUGAGCAAGCCCUCCUCAACUCAACCUGGAAAUCAGUAGAUGGGAGUGGUGCUUCACUUGUUGGGACCAAUAGUUCAACAUUAUUACAGCUGAAGGACAAAAUAAAUGUCCAGGUAUGUUCAUUUGUAGAAAAUCCAUUUUUGUGGGAUAAGAAAUCUCCCGUGAACAGUUCGGUGGUCAGCUUGAAGAUUAGCAUUGCUAAAAAACGUAUCAAUGUUACCUCUGCAAUAAUUAAGGUUACAAAUCAAAAAAUUGUAGGGCAGGAGAUUUCACUGCCAUUACUUACCACAAACGACACUGUGAAAGGUCAAGCAUUUGUCAAUGAAAAAAGUGGAAUGGUCAUAAUAUUGGAUUUUCUACCGACCAGUGACAUUCUGAAUGAUGUGGAGCUCUUACUACGCUUUGAAAAACAGCCAGAGUUUGAGCCACUGCUCUACGACUUCAGCUUUGUUGUGAAUGCAAGCACAUCGGGAAGUGACAAACUGCAGCAGUCUUUGAACACGGGUGGAUUCGGAUUCAAAAACAAGAUGGUGAAUAGUGUUCAGGCUCUUCCUCGAUUUUUCAUUCCCAGUAAUGCAACUCAGGUAGGAGUUUAUCAUAUUGCUGCCCUCUAUACAGGCACUGACAAAAACCUUGUCAUUAAUAAAAAAGUCAAAAUAAACGCAUGGACAUUAGCUUGCAAAUCGAGGGACAUCUCCGUUAACGAGUGGAAAUACACUUCGGCACAGGUUCACCCAAACUCCACACGUGAUAUGACAGUCUGUGUGGUUGGUGGAGACCAGAGCGCUGGUGAUAUAAAUUUUGGUCAACAAAACGUAUUUAUUGCAGCAGAGUUUUUGACACCAAACCUUAUUGAUUUUACAAGUGUGUUCACAAAAUUUGACCUGGAGACAAACGGUGCCGUUUUUGCGACUGUCACUGUCAUCGUCUUUCUCUAUAUCAUCGUGCUGCUGUGGGCAAAAAACCAAGACAUACAAGAUCAAGAGAAGAACAAAGUGUUUUAUCUAUCGGACCUCGAUGGAGACAAUAAGUGCUGGCUCUUACUACGAGUGAAAACAGCGUCAGCAGAGGAUUCUGGGACUCAGUCCUGUGCCUACUUCAACCUGUACUUUCACGAGUCUGAACUCGGUACACGGGAACUCGCUCACCAGGAUUUAAAGGAAUUUGAAACAGGCAUAACAUAUAACUUCAUAUUCUCUAUGCCUGAAAACUAUGGAACACCAUCUCAUAUGAAACUAUGGCUCAAAGGCAACAAUGUCUGUGAUUACUGGAACAUCAGUGAACUGUCCGUGUUUGACCAGGAAAAUGAACAUCUAUAUUUCUUUGUGGAUAGUUCGAUGCCAUCCUCACAUUUCAACAUUAAUAAUUUUCCUAAAAUGUUCGAGCUUAGAGAUGAGUCUUCUCUAUUUUCUAAUAAGCUCCUGGUGAAUACAGCCUUAAAGGGUAACUUUUCGGAAAGUCAUCUUUGGUUUUCUGUUUUCAUCCGCCCAUUCAAGACCAACUUCUCCCGCGUGCAUCGCAUCUCCUGCUGCAUCACACUCCUCUUCCUCAUGAUGAUUGCCAAUGCCAUGUGGUUCGGCAAGAAGCAGGCAGCCAGCGAGGCGGGAGGUGGGGUUGCGGUGGGGCCGCUGUCUCUCACCGACGUCCUCAUCAGCCUCCUCAGCAGCCUGGUGGAGGUGCCCGUCAGCCUCGUGGUCGUGCUCAUAUUCCGCAACAGCCGCUCGGAGAGUGAGCGGCCUCCAGGCCAGAAGAGCUCCUGGAGGGGCCCUUGGCCCGGUAGCUGCAGAUGUGUAGCUUGGUGCCUCGUGGUUCUCGCUGUCCUGAGCUCUGGCUUUUUCACGAUCCUCUACAGCAUGGAGUGGGGCCCAGAGAAGGCAAAUCGCUGGCUCAUUCGAUUCCUCUCAUCCUUCAUAAUAUCUGUAAUAUUGGUUCAACCCAUGAAGAACAUUGUCUCUGCAUUUGGCAAGUAUUUACUGUGGAAAAAGGCAAAACAUUUUCACAACCGAGAGAUAAUAAAACCGUACGUAGAGGUUCACAGUACUCUGCACCCAAGCCAACUGCAAGCAUACACACAUGUGAAUGGUUCGGCGAUUCAUUUUAAAACGAAUACAGAGAAAACAUUCAUUACAAGAAAAUUUGAAACCGUUGCUGAUAUCCCAGACUAUUGGGACUGGGUGUCUAAGUCAGUCUUACCAUACAUGAUUCAAACCAAUUCCAGAACAGUUGCCGAAAACAAUUAUCUCUACAAGACAAAGUCCUUUGAAAUUGUUUUAAUUGGGCUGGUUCAGUUGAGACAGAAGAGAUACACAAAAGCACCAAGUGAGAUGAAUUAUGUGAAAAUGUUGGAAGAUGUCGAAUACUUUCCACCAGAAAGGGACACUAGUAACUAUACGAAGGCCUGGGUAACAUCAAACAUAAUAGAUGAUGAGAAAGACAAAUACUGGAUUUACCAGAAUCUGGAAGGAGAGAGCACCCUAACUAACUUCGAUUCACUCGGGAGUGACGGUUACUUGGUGGACUUGAUAAAUGAUGCAGCAAACGCCACCGACACUCUUACGUACCUGAAGGAAAACUCCUGGCUAGACUCCCGCACGGCGGCACUCACUACAGAGCUAACGGUGUUCAACGCAAACACAAAUCUGCUUUGCCAUAUAAAUCUGCUUCUGGGUUUCUCUCCAUCUGGUGUUGCAACACCACAAGGCCAUCUCGCAGUGUUUUCUAUACAUAUGAGUGAAAAUAUUUGGUUUGUGGUUACCAUGGCUGCUUAUACCUCAAUUUCGGUCUUGAGCUUACUUCUCUUGGGUGACGAAAUUCUGAAAUUUAAGAAAGAGAAAAUGGCCUACUUUAGCAAUGCCAUCCAUUUGGUGGAAAUUACCAGCUUUGUCCUAAGGGUAACCUUGGUCACAAUCUAUUACAAAUCAUAUGUGGCUCUCAAAGAGACUCUUCUCAAACACACUCAAGGUAUGUACAGUGGAGAUGUUAUCUAA